AUGUCUCAGCUUCAAGACUACCGUCUCCUGACAUUUGAUGUCUACGGCACCCUGGUCGACUGGGAAGGAGGCAUUUUGGCUGCUCUCCAAACGUCUCUUCAUAGAAACGACACUCAAUUGUCCCGUGAGCAUAUUCUUCACGUCUUCCAUGAGCUGGAGCGGGAUCAACAAGCCAGAACACCAGAAAUGCAGUACUCCGAUCUUCUCUCUACCAUCCACCCUACACUGCUGCAACAACUAGGCCUCCCCACUCCCACUGCUGAAGAAAGCAAAGCUUUCGGUGAAUCGGUGGGCCAUUGGCCAGCCUUUGCAGACACCGUCGACGCAUUGAAACAAUUAUCGAAGCAUUACAAGCUCGUGGUCCUAUCCAAUGUCGACCGUGAGUCGUUUGCCAAGACCAAUGCUGGCAGUCUUCAAGGCUUUCCCUUCGAUCUAGUCAUCACGGCACAGGAUAUCGGAUCAUAUAAGCCCGAUAUCAACAACUUCAAGCACAUGCUAAGCGCUGUCAAGGAGAGAUUCGGGGUUGAGCCCAGUCAGGUGCUCCAAACCGCGCAGAGCCAGUUCCAUGACCAUCACCCUGCGCGGAAGGUUGGCAUCAAGUCCGUGUGGAUUGUACGUCCAGGAGCUAUCAUGGGCAAUCUUGAUGAAACGGUCUAUGAUUGGAAGUUUGACACGUUGGGAGACAUGGCGGAUGCAGUAGAGGCAGGCAAUUGA